AUGGUCGCUGCACGAUGGUCACAACGGAAAGGUGGUUAUGGAGGAGACUGUACUCGUUUCUUAGCGAGUUAUCCUCUCUUUGCCGUGUGCGUACUGAAUAAAGUGCUAGAUCUUCCGCAAUUCACUUGUUUCACUGUUGCAUUGGAUACGUUCACGGACGUCUCGCAUCUACUCAGGAUGGAUAGAGAUGCGGCGAAUUCGGUGCCUCUUCUACAGCUCAAGUCCCAGGACGACGUAGACGUAUCCAGCUACGCGGAUAUGGGUGGUGAUGGGACAAUUAUUAUCGGCCCAUCUGAUAUACCACUGGAUAAUGUGCUAGAGAAAACCUAUAGUCACCAGCCGAAAGAGCUGCAAGAUUUCUUCUGUUUAGAAUGGGACAAAAGCUGUUUUUUUUCGGACGGAAAACGGCAGAUUGAUUAUGUUCUCGCAUAUGAAGAAGACAAUAACAACGAUGCAACUAGUGGUUCCCCUUCAAGUGCUGAAAUUGACCAAGAUGAUGAGAAUGAAGAUAAGAAUAGCCCCAAUAGCGCAGGUAGUGCCAAGGAAAAGAAACAAAAUCGCCGUUUUUACUUCGAAAACAAUCUUCGGAAGAUGGGACUAGAAAUUGAACGAGUGAUAAUUUCACCAAUGCUUGGUCGUACGCAUUUCGUUCUUCUUCACGCGCCUUUUCCUGUUUUGGAGAAGCAGGCCCAACUGCUUACUGUGAAACUUCCUGUACAACAAAGUGACGUGGAUUUUCAAGAUCGAACAUCUCUACCUGGUCUUUUGGAUAGUAUUCUUUCUCGUGUCGGGAUUUUCGAUUUUGACGAACGUGUCAAGAAAGUUUUGGAAGAACCGGAUUUUUUCACUGCACCAUAUUCUAGUGAUAGGAGGAAACAAUUUGUUAAUUGGGAUCGACCGGAUCUCCUCUUCCCACAUGCUGAACGGUCACGAAUGGUAUACGAUCUACUUACUCGAGCCCAUUAUGAUGAGCCUAAUCCAGAAGGAAAGAAGAAGGGCCAGAAUUAUUAUCGGUUUGGUAUUGAGCGGUUGUUAGCUCAAGGGGUGUACAGUGCCGCUUAUCCUCUUCAUCAGACAAUCAGAAAUGACUGUGCAUCGAAUAGAGGAAGCGAAAUUUCUCAAAGAGAACUACUUUACAAUCAUUGGGUAUCUUGGAGGAAUAUACUUAAAUAUCAGCCACUCGAUUGUAUCAAGAGGUAUUUUGGCACAAAAAUUGCGUUUUAUUUUGCAUGGCUUGGAUACUACACUAGAUCAUUGUAUUUGGCUGCUUUUAUUGGGAUACUAUCUGUGCUUUUUGCUAUCGUUAACGUAUCAGAGGACGUCGUUAGCAAUGAUAUUUGCGGACAUGAUGGUGUUGGAGCGAAAACGCUGAUCUGUCCUCAGUGCGAGAAUUACUGUGAUUUCCAACCGUUGAAUAAUAGCUGCUUGUAUGCAAAGAUGUCAUAUAUUGUUGAUAACGGGAGUACUGUAGUGUUUGCUGCACUAAUGAGUGUAUGGGCAACAUUGUUUCUGGAGGGUUGGAAGCGAUAUCACGCAGAAAUUGCCUGGAAGUGGGGUUUGCUGGACUUUGUGAUUGAAGAGGACACAGUGCGACCAGAGUUUCAAUAUCGUGUUAAAACAAAACGCUUCAAUCCAGUAACUCAACAGGACGAGCCAUAUUUGUCAGGGAAAAAGAAGUGCGCUAACUUCUUCGCGGCUAUGAUCACUGUUUUGUUUUUCAUGUGCCUUGUGCUUGCUGUGGUCUUUGGUAUGGUCGUAUAUCGGGUGAUCUGUAUGCAACUAUUGGCUAGUAUGGAUAAUCCAACCGUAGACUCUCUCGCAUUUCUCAUUGUUUCCGUCACUGCGGCCACCAUUAACUUGAUCGUCAUCAUAGCAAUGAACUACUUCUAUAACUCUCUUGCCCAUCGUUUGACCCGUUGGGAAUGCCCAAGAACUCAGGCAGAUUUUGACAACAGCUAUACUUUCAAAGUAUUUCUAUUCCAAUUUGCUAACUAUUAUUCUUCGUUGUUUUACAUCGCUUUCUUCAAGGGGGUCCUAUCACAACUUCCUGGCACUAAGGACCACGACGGUAACGUGAAAAUCGCCGGAUACAGACUAGAGGGAUGCGACCCUGCUGGCUGUUUUGUUGAGUUGGUAAUCCAACUUGCGAUCAUAAUGUGUGGAAAACAAUUCUUUUCGGCAUUUGUGGAAUCCGCAUAUCCAAAAGUCAUGAGUCUCCUACGAAAGUGGCAAUUAAUGGUGCCAAUUGUAGAGACAAAACAUCAGCGGAAAGAGCGUAUCAGAGAGGAGAGCUGCAAGAAAGCUGGACGGGAAAUGACUAGAUGGGAAGCUGAUUAUUACUUAAAUCCGACCUAUGAUCAAUUCCUCUUCGAUGAGUAUUUAGAGAUGGUGCUACAAUUUGGAUUUUGCACGCUAUUCGUGGCUGCUUUUCCUCUUGCUCCUUUGUUUGCUGUUUUUAACAAUAUAUUGGAGAUCAGAUUGGAUGCUUAUAAGUUCUUGUUGAAUGCUCAAAGACCUAUGCCUGCUCAGGCCAGAAAUAUUGGUGUAUGGUUGAAAAUCCUGGACGUGAUUAGCAAAUUCAGUGUGACCAUCAAUGCACUAGUGAUAGCGUUCACUUCGGAUUUCGUACCGAAAACCAUGUAUUACCUCGCAAAGCAUUCAAUGAUUGGCUAUGUGGAUUCAUCGCUGUCAUAUUUUGAUGCAAGUGAAUUCAACAUCAAGUCUUCCCAAUUUCAUCACAUCCCUGUGUGUAGGUAUCGUGGAUGGCGUCGCACACCCUGUUCGCUGAUGAACGAGACCACUACUGUCUAUGGGACAGAAAGUUGUGAUGAUAACCUGGGAUUGUCUAUGGAAUGGUGGAAAGUAUUCGCAGCACGGCUGUUGUUCGUGGUCGUUUUUGAACAUGUGGUGUUCAUCAUCAAAAUAACAGUCGAAUACCUUAUUCCGGAUGUUCCUACUAAAAUCUUCGUCCAACAACAAAGGGAGAAGUAUUUGCUACGAAAAGCUCUACUGAACGAUCUUGCUUCCAAUAGAGAGACUGCAAAUGGACACUCGGCGGCUGCACGAAAAGCGGCCGCGAAUGGUGAUAGUAUCGAGACGGCUUUCCAGCCCGGGGCUUUUACGGAUAACGAUGAUGAGGAGGAACCUCGUAAAUUGUCAAAUUCAUCAUUUGUAACUGCACAACAGGGAAGCGAGAGCGUUUUGAACAUGAAGAUAUAG